GGGCAGGCUGAGGAACACGUUCAACCCAGCAGCCUGUAAGUUAGCGGCUAAGCGCCUAGCCACCUAGCACUGGAGUGUGACAGGAGCAGAGACAGUGCUGCAAACACGCUUACAGCAACAACACACUCAGUGACAGGACUGUGUUUGUGUGUGACUGUCAGAACAAAGUAGUGUACUGUAUGUGCCCUGUGAGAAUAGCAUUUUCCUCCGAUGGCUGCCCCUGGCUCCACCAGCAAUGUGCCUGAAGGAUUCCACUAUGAGACAAAAUAUGUCCUCCUGUGCUACCUUGGCCUCCCACCGCGACCAGAGCCCACACCUGAAGAAGGAGCAUCUGGACAGGCUGAUCAACAAACAGCUGUGGAUAGGACCAGGAGGAUGAAGGAGCAGAUUGAGGAACAGCUAAUGCAGCUAGAAGAAGAAAUCACUGCCUGUAAGACACACGAAAUUCGCGGGGCUUUUCCAAGUACGGGCUUUGAUCGAAACACAUCCCCAGUGUUCAGUCCAGCUAAUCCUGAGAACACUAUAGAGGACAGCCUGGCCAUGCUGGGAGACCGUGUUGCACAAGUGCUGGACACACAUCUGGCCUCAGCAACACAGAAACUUCUCAGUGGGCAGCUGGACUAUGAAAAUUUCCAAAGUGCAGUAAGGGAGAUUUGCUCCCAUUCUGAAGGAGGCUGGAGCAAGGUUUUGGUACCUUUGGUGUUAUUGCAGGCGCUGCAUUGUAAAGGUCAACCGCUGGCGUCUCUACUGUCCCUGGGUCAGCGUUAUUUAGUUGAAGUAGAGGCAGAAUUCAUCAUGCAGCAAGGUGGAUGGAGUGCAGUCUAUAGCCUGGAGGAUGCGGAGGAACCAGGUGGUCUCAUAGCUGAAGAUAGUAACGAUAUCUACAUCCUGUCAGGCGAACCUGGCCACGAGCAACUGAGCCCCCCAGAGUCACUGUUUAUCAACGUGACGGACAGCAGCGGCCUGAGCUCCUGGCACACAGAGAGUCUGCCUGUAUCACUGAGUGGUCACGAAUCCUGGGCUCAGGUUGGCACCAUGGAGCGAGAGGAUGCCAAGAGUGUGGACAGUGUUGAGGGCGUGGCCUCAGCCGAGGAGCGCAGUGAGAACAACUCGUCCAACUCGGACAUUGUGCAUGUGGAGCGCGAGGAGGCUGAGCUUUUGGAAGAGGGAGAAGCUGUAGAAGAGGGAGAGCUGCAGGAGAGUGUGCUCAGUGUCCUGGGAACUGAAAGCGAGCUGGCGGCCCUCAGGGAGGAGCUUAGAAGGGAAGAAUCCCCACAACAGCCAGUUUCAGAAGCACACGAGUCACUACUGUCCCUAGAAGAGCAGAUUGUCAUUCUGGAGGCACCUCCUAGCCUGCCUGCCACUAAUCAAAAGUCCUUGACGAUUUCUUGCCCUACUGUCAUUGCUGAAGCUCCAGUUAAUGUACAGCAGGAAUCGGUCUCCCUUUUAUCCCCUACCAUUGCUGUGAAACUGGAAAGUUCUGUUCAUACUUCCCUUCCUAUUGCUGCUUCCUUCCAAGUGCUUGAUCGAGAACCUGAGCCUCAACCAGCUCAGCCAAAACUGGUUCUAGCUCCUGUGGAGCCACAGAUUCUAAGAACAGUUCAAAAACCAGAAGCUAAAUCUGAGCCACAGCCUGAAACUGUCCAGACAGUUCACAAAAUACUACGACAGAAGUCACAUGAGAAGGUGGCACAGGCCAUUACCCCCAAGGAGUCAACACCUCUUUUACCCGCAGCUCCAUCACAGGAAAUGGCAAUACUGGAGCCACAGGUUGUCCAGAAGAUAUCUGCUCCAUCCAAGGUUCCUCUGGUUUUACGUUCUUCUGCAUCUCCAGAACAGGAAAUCCCACCACAGGAGCUACACUCUGUACACACAGCAUCAGUUCCAGCUCAGGAGCCCCCUUCAUCACCAGCACGUACAGAGCCAGAGGCAGAGCCCGUGUCCUCUGAGUUUAGUGUUCUUCUGUAUGGUGGUGCGGCACUGGUAGCCAUUGCUGCUUUGGCAGCCUAUGGAGCUCUGGCUUAUAGGAAGAAGUAUUAGGAAGUCAUUGGCUGCACCUUCUUCAUAAGCUCAUCACAUCAGUGACCCUUUUCAGGAACUGGAAUCGCUGUGCUGCCAAAAGUUGUAGGGGAAUUCAGUUCUGUUUGCCCCAUGUUAAGUUUAGUCGAUUUCUCUUUUGAGUUCCUGUUUUUUGUUUUUGUUUUUGUUGUUUCACAUUGUUUGGUUACAGUGAACCACUACUGAUCCUCUCUGAGGCAAAUGCAUUGUUACUUUGAUUUUCGAUUCAUGUUCUCAUAUACAGCUCUCUUACUCGUAUUAAUUUGCCAUUAUUUUAAAUGACUACAGGGCUGACAGCUGGUUAAUCACCAGUUUUUAGAAGCAAGUAACUAUUAUUAAAAAAAAAAAGAAUGAACCUGAUUUGAAGUUUUGAAAAUUUGUGAUUUGCCAAAUAAAUAAAAGGUGCACACCUCAAAUUGUCCACUAUUUUCUCUGUUUGCAUAAAUUUGACUUUAAAAACAGACACAUCAGACAACGGUUUUGAACCAUUUACAAUGUUUUAAAAUCUGUACACAAUGGAUAAUGAUUAGAUCUUCCUGGAUCCUGACAUUGAAUACAAGGUUAUAUACCGACAUGGAAAACAUUGGGCAUGAUUGGGCAACCCAGAGAGACACCUGUAAUGAGAGCACUGAUCAUUAGUUGCAAAAAAAUGUAAAAAUAAAAUAAAGACUAUAUAUUGUGUGUAAUUAUGUGAUUCAAUUUGUUUGGCUAAACCACAGGCUUUUAUAAAUCAAUGAUGAAUUAAUGAGUUGUCUAAAAUGCAACAUGUCGCCACAAGCCAAUGAAUUCCCCUCGUAAACAAAUGUGUUCGCAUGUCCAGGACAGCGUGAGAUGGAAAACACCCUUUUCAUAUUCCCUAUGGUAUUUUAUAUUUGUUUUUCGGCUACCUUUACGUAACCAAUUUUUUUCCCCACAAUUAAAGCGAAUAAAUUGUUUUUAGCUCUU